AUGGCGGCGCAGUCAAACCUGCGCAGGACGGCGGCGGAGGAUGCGCUGGCCGAAUUCCUGGAGAAAUGGACCGGCAUCCUGGGCAAGAGGCUGCGUUCCACGUCGCGAACCACCCGCACCCUCGCCACGCUCUCGCUCGCCAUGUCCAUCAUCCUCGGCGCAGAGGGCGGAAGGCGGUGGUGGAAGAAGCGGCGGCACGAGCACGAGCAGGGCCGCAAGCUGGUCCGCACCAAUUCGUGGCUACACAACAAGGAUGGCUCCCGAACCAUCUAUGUCCCCUACAAGGAUGGCACCUCUAAGGUGGUCAUCAACACUACAAAGCCUCUGACUUUUGAGGCUCAUAGACGGCUGUUUCUCAACCCGCCGAGAACCAAGCCUGGCUUGAAUCUGGCCUUUCUGCACCAGUUCCUCAGUCUUAUGAGUAUCAUGAUUCCGCGGUGGUCUAGCAAAGAGGCUGGGCUGCUCAUUAGCCAUGGCGUCUUCUUGAUGUUGCGGACAUAUCUUUCACUAGUGGUAGCUCGCCUAGACGGUGAGCUUGUUCGAGAUCUCGUCGCUGGCCGUGGAAAGGCCUUCUUGUGGGGUAUUGUAAAGUGGUGUGGGCUGGGCACAUUUGCCUCUUAUACGAAUGCCAUGAUCAAGUUUCUCGAGUCAAAGGUAUCGAUUGCGUUCCGAACUCGGCUUACUCGGUAUAUCCACGACAUAUACUUGAACGAAAAUCUGAAUUAUUAUAAAUUGUCUAAUCUAGACGGAGGCGUGGGACAAGGAGCCGAUCAGUUCAUAACCCAAGACCUGACGUUGUUUUGUGCCUCGGCGGCCAAUCUCUAUUCAUCAUUGGGCAAGCCCUUUGUGGACAUUUGCGUCUUUAGCUUCCAGCUUUAUCGAUCCCUGGGCCCGCUGGCUUGGAUAGGUCUGAUGAGCAACUACUUCCUAACCGCAAGCAUUCUGCGGAAGCUAUCUCCGCCGUUUGGCAAGCUGAAAGCGGUCGAGGGCCGGAAGGAAGGAGACUUCCGCAGCCUGCACGCUCGUCUGAUUGCCAAUGCGGAAGAAGUAGCCUUUUACGGCGGUGCGGAAAUGGAGAAGACUUUCUUGAAUAAGGAGUACAAGUCUCUUAAGAGCUGGAUGGAGGGCAUCUACAUGCUCAAGAUUCGUUACAACAUCUUGGAAGACUUUAUCUUAAAGUAUAGCUGGAGCGCGUACGGCUAUCUGCUUGCUUCAUUGCCCGUCUUCCUGCCGGCCUGGGGUGGCGUUGGCGGUGCCGCUGAGAUGAGCGAGGGCGGCGAGAAGGGCCACAGAGAGCGGAACCGCAUGAAGAGCUUCAUCACAAACAAGCGGCUGAUGCUUUCACUUGCCGACGCAGGCGGCCGAAUGAUGUACUCCAUCAAGGACCUUGCCGAGCUGGCUGGAUACACUAGCCGCGUGUAUACGCUCAUUUCGACUCUUCACCGGGUCCAUGCUAACGCUUACUACCUCCGAAGCGGACAGAGCGAGCUCUACUCUCUUUCUGACGUCCAGGGAACGAUUCAGAAGGGAUUUGAUGGUGUUCGUUUUGAGCAGGUGCCGGUUGUUGCCCCUGGCCUUUGGCCCCAGGGCGGAGAGGAGCUGCUAGACUCUCUAUCGAUGAUUGUCCGAAGAGGCGAGCACCUUUUGAUAUCUGGCCCGAAUGGUGUUGGCAAGACUGCCAUUUCCAGGAUCCUGGCUGGCCUGUGGCCCGUUUACCGGGGCCUGGUUAGUCGACCGAAGAGCAUGGGUCAAGACGGCAUCAUGUUCUUGCCCCAGCGGCCGUACCUGAGCCCCGGUACUCUUCGAGAUCAGGUCAUCUAUCCCGAUGGCCACGUGGAUAUGCGGGAGAAGCGCAAGUCUGAGCAAGAUCUGCAGAAAAUCCUUGAAGCGGCCCGCCUUGGCUACUUGCCAGAUCGGGAGGGAGGCUGGGACACGCGCAAGGAGUGGAAGGACGUGCUCAGCGGGGGCGAGAAGCAGAGGAUGCAGUUUGCGCGCCUUUUGUAUCAUGAGCCGCAGUAUGCCAUCGUCGACGAGGGCACCAGUGCUGUCUCGAGCGACGUUGAGGGCUUACUGUACGAAACGUGCAAGGAGAGGGGUAUCACUCUCAUAACCAUUUCGACGAGGGCGUCUCUCAAGAAGUACCAUACUUUCAACCUUCAGCUGGGCGUCGGCGACCAGGGCGACAGCUGGGAAUUCGAGCGCAUCGGAACGGAGCGCGAGAAGAUGCAGGUCGAGAAGGAGGUGCAAGAACUACGUGAACGCCUGGCGCAAGUCGACGAGCUGAAGAAGCGGCGAGACGAGAUUGAGAGGGAGCUCGCGGCGGUGUGGACGGACAAGGGCGAUUUGCUUGACGCACCGUCGUAUAUCGGCGUUGACGACGAGAUGCAAGCUGAGGUCGAGGAGCAGGUCGAGGCCUGA